GACUCCCAAGCUCCCUGGGGCAGGGACAGAUCAGCCAGAGUCCGAGCACGCAGUGCCUGGCUCCAGGACACCCAGGCUGCCCAGGAAUCCUGGAAUUAGGUGGCCGGAGGUGGCUAGGCUGGCAGGGCAGCGAGGGGCAGUGGCAAGGAAAGAAGAGAGAAGGUUCAGAACUUGAAAAUCAGAGGCUCUGAGUGACAGGGCCUUAAUGGGAGGCAGAUGGAGAAAACAAGGUUGCCCUUGCUGACAGGAGGGAGGGCAAGGGUCAAGGAACUUUCUAAAGAUAGGGGCCUGGGCGACAGGCAGGCGGCAGGGCGGCUCCACAGUGUGAUGCCCAGGGGCUGUGACAGAGCAGGGGUCAGCUCCUUACUCCUGCUUGUGCAGACCCUCUGAGGCCCACACCCAGAGGAGCCGCGAGGCAGAAGGCCAGAUAUUUGGAAGAGCACCCCCGCCCCCAGACCUGGGUUGGAGUCUCAACCCAGCUGUGCAACAUUGGGUGAGCCUCUAAACCUCUCUGAGCCCGUUUCCUCGUUUGAAAAAUAGGCAGAUACCAUCAUUCACUUAAUGGGACUUGUUGAGAUUGGCGAGUCAAGCAUUUAGCACAGAGCUUGGCACAUUAGAAGGGCUCAGGACACGAAAGUUAACUCGUUGUUACUUUACGGGUCACAAGACAAUCCCAGUCUUCUUGUCGGCAGAGCCCCUCAGCGGGCAGCAAGGACCUCUUUGUGGGCUCCGAGACCGUCAGAGCUUGAAGCACCUUCAGGUUACAGGUCCAGUUAUGUUGCCAGCGAGGAGAGCCGGAUCCUGGUUCUCACUGAGCUGCUGGAGAGAAAGGCCCACUCCCCGUUUUACCAGGAAGGUGUGAGCAACGCCCUGCUGAAGAUGGCCGAGCUGGGGCUGACCCGGGCGGCCGAUGUUCUCCUGCGCAACGGGGCCAACCUCAACUUUGAAGACCCCGUCACCUACUACACCGCCUUGCACAUCGCUGUCCUGCGAAACCAGCCCGACAUGGUGGAGCUGCUGGUGCGCCACGGGGCCGACAUUAACCGGAGGGACCGGAUCCACGAGAGCAGCCCCUUGGACCUGGCCAGCGAGGAGCCGGAGCGCCUGCCCUGCCUGCAGCGCCUCCUGGACCUCGGGGCAGACGUCAAUGCGGCCGACAAGCACGGGAAGACCGCGCUGCUGCACGCAUUGGCCAGCAGUGACGGGGUGCAGAUCUACAACACCGAGAACAUCCGGCUCUUGCUGGAAGGAGGGGCAGACGUCAAGGCCACCACCAAAGACGGGGACACCGUGUUCACCUGCAUCAUCUUCCUGCUCGGGGAGACGGUGGGAGGGGACAAGGACGAGGCCCAGAUGAUCAGCCGCUUCUGCUUCCAAGUCACGAAGCUGCUGCUGGCCCACGGGGCCGACCCCAGCGAGUGCCCGGCCCACGAGUCCCUCACCCACAUCUGCCUUAAGAGCUUCAAACUGCAUUUCCCUCUCCUGCGCUUCCUGCUGGAGUCCGGAGCAGCCUAUAACUGUUCCCUCCACGGUGCGUCCUGCUGGUCUGGCUUCCACAUCAUCUUCGAGAGGCUCUGUUCGCACCCGGGCUGCGCGGAAGACGAGAGCCACGUGGACCUCCUGCGCAAAGCCGAGACCGUCCUGGAUCUCAUGGUGACUAAUUCCCAGAAACUCCAGCUGCCCGAAAACUUCGACAUCCACCCCGUGGGCAGCCUGGCAGAGAAGAUCCGGGCCCUUCACUUCUCCUUGAGGCAGCUGGAGAGCUACCCCCCGUCCCUCAAGCACCUGUGUCGCGUUUACAUCCGCCUCUACCUUCAGCCCUGGCCUGUGGAUGUGAAGGUCAAAGCCCUGCCUCUGCCCGACAGGCUGAAGUGGUACCUCCUUAGUGAGCACAGCGGUACCACGGAGGAGGACAUCUGAUCACUCCCCGACUGAAGGCGGCGGGGUCUGGGCAGCUCAGACCGCUGGCGGAUUUCGGUACCUGUGGCAGCCUUGGGGAGAACCUUCGGGCCUUCUGUCAGAAGGUACGGGUUGGGAGACGAGACUUCAUCCGUACCGAGUACCAAGAAAACCAGGUGGGGCCUGGCAGCUAGUCAUUCCAGUGGGAAAAGGCUCGGUCUUCCAGGGGGACCGCCCCCCAAGUCUCAACCACACUGGGAAAAGGGACAGGGUUUAGAUUUGGGACAAGCAUACACUCUGUUAAUUUGAGGGGAGCACCGGGCAGGGUAGCUGUGAGGCCGGGUCCCGCUGAGAGCCGCAGGAGGCUGGUCUGUCCUGCGAGGGGCCCAGCGGACGCGAGGAAGCACGUGGGCCCGUCAGGGCACGGGCCCGGCCUAGGCCGCCCUUCCCCCCUCCCCCCGUGAGAUUACGUCACCCACAGAAGCGCUUCUGGCGGACUAAGGAGAAGAGCGAGCCGGGCCCUGCUGCCUCUGGCAGCUCUGGGGCCAGGUCACCCAACGGCCCCGGACCGGGCUCUGGUGGCAGCUCUGUGCCAAACCUGGGAUCUCGGGGGACCGUGCCUUCUGCUACAAAGUAAUCCUGCAUGACCAGGACAGCCCUUUCCAAGAUGUCUCCAUGUUGCGCGGGGUCCGUCUGGCGAAGAAAGUCACCAGUGCUGACGGCUGACUGUGCUGCUGUACAGGCUGAGCCCCCAGCAAGCCGAGUGCGAGUCGCGUGGCUCACUGAAUUGUGUCACUGCCUAGGAAGGAAGCUGAGGCAAGUAAAUGAUUCACGCUAACGUGA